AUGCCAGGAAGGGAUCAGUUCACAUACACCUGCGGCAUCGAUGCCGAGCCUUUACAUCGCUACCGAGUUGGUGGAUACCAUCCAAUUGCUCUCGGUGAUCUUUUCAAAGACGGGAGGUACAAGAUUCUGCAUAAGCUGGGCUGGGGAGGUUAUUCAACAGUGUGGGCUGCGAAAGACCUAAGAAAUCAAGAAUACGUUGCACUGAAAGUUUCAGUCUCACAAAACUAUGACAAGAGCCGAGAGCUUAAGGUCUUACGCGCUAUAGCGGGGCUCAAUUCCGAGGAAACUGGCUCACGGCAUGUAAUGCAGUUAUUAGACUACUUCUACAUUGAGGGUCCAAACGGGAAGCACGAAUGCCUGGUGCUUGAAUUUCUAGGCCCAAGUAUCACAGAUGUUCUUGAUAUGCGCUUCGAUGAAAGGCUUCCCGGGACACUUGCGAAGACGAGUGCGAAACAGGCCUUUAGUGGCCUGGCAUACUUACACAAACAUGGUAUUGGACACGGAGAUCUGCACACGCGCAACUUGACUUUUGCUAUCCCUUCCUUACAUAGUCUCACGGAAGCAGAACUCCUCCAAAAGCUGCGAAGCCCAGAAACUGGGGCUGUCACAAGAAAAGAUGGGAAGCUACUAGAGCCUGGGGUGCCCGCAUAUCUGGUCCGGCCAACAUCCUACCCCGUAAAGAUAUCUUUGGCACGGCAGCAGCAGAUCAAGAUCGUAGACUUUGGCGAAUCCUUCUUCAGCAAUGACGUUCCUGAAGCACUACAUACACCUCUUUGUGUUCGAGCACCUGAGGCUAUUUUCGGAGAGACGUUGGACUACCGCGUUGACUUGUGGAGUGCAGGAUGCAUGAUAUUCGAGCUCAUAGUUGGCCAACCACCCAUUGAUAGCAUCAUGGCAACACCCGUGUCCGUCGUUCAACAGAUGUUAGAGACUGCCAGUGAUGACUUGCCAGAGCGGUGGCAGCCAAAGUGGCGGGCCAUGGACACCACGUGGACUGGGGACAAGACAGAAAACGAUCUUCAGGCGUGGUUAGAGGAAACGUACUUUGACGGCGUCCGGAAAGAAGACUUGACACGGGAGGAGAUUAUUCAACUGGGCGCGAUUAUUCGUAGACUGUUGCGAUUUGAACCUUCGACGAGGGCGUCGGCGCAAGAAAUCUUCCAAGAUCCCUGGUUUGGGGACAAGGAAGUAAAGUAAAUCUUUUGGAUAGAAUCCUGUCAUAAAGGGAAAUGCUACUAAGUUUAGAAGCUAUAAGCAUUACAGAAUAAGUUCGUGGUAGAAAUGGCACUAACCCC